UUCGCUUCGCACGCACUUCCUUUCCCCGGCCGGAAAGGAAAGGGGGCAGAGAAGCAUCGCAUGCGCCGUUCGCAGGCGGCCCCUGGAGUGGAGUCGAGUUGCUGGUUUCGUUGGCCCGGCCGGAGUGCGCCUGCGCGGUCUCCGGCUUCCCUCCACCUCCGCUUCCCCUCCCCCUGUCCCCCGCGGGGCCUCUGGGUCCGGCGGGACCAUGUUCACCAGCACCGGUUCCAGUGGGCUUUACAAAGCACCUGUGUCCAAGGGUCUUUUACUGGUCCCCAGUGCCCUGUCCCUCCUGCUGGCCCUCCUCCUUCCACACUGCCAGAGGUUCUUUGUGUACGACCUUCAGGCAGUCAAGGACGACUUCCAGAUUUGGCGGUUGAUUUGUGGAAGAAUAAUUUGCCUUGAUUUGAAAGAUACUUUCUGCAGUAGUCUGCUUAUUUAUAAUUUUAGGAUAUUUGAAAGAAGAUAUGGAAGCAGAAAAUUUGCAUCCUUUCUGCUGGGUUCCUGGGUUUUGUCGGUGGUGGGUGACUUUAUCCUCGUUGAAGCUGUGCGGUAUUCCUUUGGUAUCACUGCAGCCAGGAAUUUGCCUUCUGGAUUCCUGGCACCUGUGUUUGCUCUGUUUGUACCGUUUUACUGCUCCAUCCCGAGAGUCCAGGUGGCACAUAUUCUGGGCCCGUUGUCCAUCACAAACAAGACGCUGAUUUAUAUAUUGGGACUACAGUUUGGCUUUGUGAUCUAUAUCAAACGUUCAAAGGAAGUGUUACAGAACAAGAACGUCAAACUUUUCACCUCUGGUUCCUACAUCUGGAUUGUAGCCAUAAGUGGACUUAUUUCCGGGCUCUGCUACAACAGCAAAAUGUUACAAGUUCAUGAGGUGCUCUGCGUCCCCAGCUGGAUGGCAAAGUUCUGUUCUUGGACACUUGAGCCCAUCUUCUCAUCUUCAGAACCCACCAGCGAGGCCAGAAUCGGGAUGGGGGCCACGGUAGACAUUCAGAGACAGCAGAGGAUGGAGCUGCUGGACCGGCAGCUGAUGCUGUCACAGUAUGCACAAGUGAGGCGGCAAAGACAACAGCAGGGAGGAAUGAUCAACUGGAACCGUCUUUUCCCUCCUCUACGUCAGCGACGAAACGUAAACUAUCAGGAUGGUCGGCAGUCUGAGCAACAAGCGUCCCCUCCUCUAGAGGUUUCGGAGGAGCAGGUUGCCCGGCUCAUGGAGAUGGGAUUUUCCAGAGGUGACGCUUUGGAAGCCCUGAGAGCUUCAAAUAAUGACCUUAACGUGGCCACCAACUUCCUGCUGCAGCACUGACGGUUCCAGCGGACAGCGCAGGGGCCGGCGGGCUGCUGACCACAGCAGUGCCGUCCCGCUACCGGCUCAGCCCCAGGACCGGGCACUCUCUGGCGAGAUGUCCUCCCUGUCCUCCUGAGCAAAGGGUGGUCCCCGCUGCUCCCUCCCUUAAUUCCAAGAUCAUUACCAUUAAGUAUCCAAGAUAAGUUUGCCACGAAGGAAGCAUGUAUUUUCUAUCUUUAUUUUUUUAUGGAGUAUUUUCCUUGGUUUGGAGAAUUCAUCUCCCAUUCCUAAUGUGUUUAAAAUGCAUUAAAAUUACAGAUUUCUGCAAGCAGUUGAACAGCACUCCAGAUGGGAAAUUACUGCUCUUGUCAUAUUCUUUUUACUAUAAUGCAUCUUCCUACAUCAUAUCUGAUCAUACGCGCCGGAAAGGGGACUGGUACUCAGAAAGGACCUGUCAAAUUUUCUUUAUGGACUUUUUUCAUUGCUUUUUUUUUCCCCCUCAAAUUUGCUUUCAAACCCGGGUGGCAGUUCAGGGUCCCCACUCCCUAGGGAUGAGCAGUUCAUAUCUGCCACAUGCAGAGUUGGCCAGACCCAGCCAAUGAAGGAGAGACGGGGAACUGAACCCUCUUCCACCUGUUCCAGCCCGCUCCAGUCUAGGGGAUUUUUCCCAACUACUCCCUGCUUCCAUUAAAAAAUAAGAAUCAGGUACCAAUUCGAGGUUCUGGAAUACUCCAUGAAACUUAACUGGAGUUAAUUUUGCUUAGAAUAUGCACAGUUAGCCACUCAGGCUAGGAGUAAAAAUGGGACAAAGAGAAGAGUGGGCUCACUGGAGCAGUACGGGGCGUCCUAGCUGCAGGGCCAGCCCCUCUGGAGGCAGGUUCCGCCUGGCCCUGGGGUGAUCGGAUAUCAGCCUGAGGCAGGGUAGACUGACCCCACCGUGGGGAGGAGGGUGUGGCCGGAGCAGAUGAGCCUGAAAAGAUCUAAAGCAAGAUUUAAGGAAACUUGCAACUAUUGUGUUCUGCAAAGCCAGCAGAAGGGUUGCAAACUGAUGCAAAUUUAGACAUGCGUGGUACUUACAAUAAAGUUUUUAAUGUGUUUUA